AUGGAGCUGAAGCAGCUGCGACAUCUCAAGGCUGACGGUACCCUUCCCGAGCAGCAGCAGCAGGCGGCAGCCGAAGGCAUUGCCGCUGAGGGAGACAGCGACAGUGCAGCAAGAGACACCAAGGCUAGGCAUUCAAAACACGAGCAACACCAGCACGCGCAAGCACGAGCGCAGCAGCAACACCAGCAAAUACAACAACAGGUCGAGAGGAACCUAGGCAUGCAGACCAGAGAAGAGGAUGACGUAGACUUGCUGCAACACCUCAUUGAGCACGGCAUUACGCAGCACGGCCUUCUGGGGGGCCCCUACAAGCGACUGAUCCUCUUGGGUGCCUUCGAUCCGCUGAAACUCGUGCAGCGCUUAGGGCAGCAGAUUCCCGCGAACGACGAAAAAGACUCCGCAGCGGCUGCAGCUCUGCUGCAACAGGCAGCAGUCCUUUCCCUCUCCAAGUAUGCAGCUGUCUCUAAAACUUUCUGUGACGAGCUCCUAGGGCCCCAAACCACGACGCUGCAUGCCUUGAUCUCCCUGCUUUUCGCGAAGGAGGGGCGGCCUGAGCUCGGGGCCCCUAGAGAGGGGGCCCCUAGAGGGGGGCCCCCCACGCCCCUCGAAGGCCCCCGAACGCGUCUCCCCAAAGAUGUAGAACCUCCUGGACUCAAAGACGCUAUUCUGGUGUGCUUUGGCGAUCUCACAUGCAGGCACCCGAAUGCUUUGGAGCCAUACAACGACUAUGUGUUCUCGCUUCUCCGCGAGGGGGCGGUGUCUGGACAGCUGACAGCGGUGCAUGUGCUGACGCAUCUUACGAUGACAGGCAUGAUCAAGCCGAAAGGUCGACUGCUGGUGAACAUGUUGUUGCUGCAGCUGCAGUAUCCCCAGCAGCAGGAUCAGCCUCCGCGGGAUCGGAGGGUGGAAGAAGCAGCCCGCACAUUCUUCUUUGAAGUCGACAGAAAGGAUCCUCUUGCAGUCUUGACAGCGCUUCCAGAGCUCCUCACGGCAUUAGCCAUUGCAACUGCAGCACCUGACAGCAGCAGUCCUCCGCCGCAAGGAGCAGCAGCAGCAGCAGCAGCAGCAGGAAGCUCGGCGCAUGUUGCUGCAGCCGAAGGGCCUGUUGCAACGGGACGGCGGCAAGACAGAGAGAGGCUUCUUGCGUUCAUUUUAGAGUUUACAAAGGGACGAAGACAGAGUGAGGCGCUUAUCGACAAGAUCUGCAUACGGGUAUCUAGCUUAGCUUCUGCGGGAUCUCCCUCUCAGGGGCAGCCUUUGUCGCUUGAGGACGGCUCUUCCGAUUCCUUGGAUGCACUUUUUGGCACUCAGGGGGGGGGGGGGGCCCUAUGGCCUUUGGGGGCCCCCGGGCCCCGCGCUGUCACCCUGCAGGGGGCCUCCCAAGAGGCCCUCUCUUCCUGCCUUUUUGUGUACUUGGGGGCCUUAAGCGCACUGGUACUUGGGGCCCCCAACAUCACAAAAGCGCUGCAAAGACUCUGUGGCUGCUGGCAUCUGUUGAGAACCUCCGUGGGAGCCUCCGAGGCUGCAGCAACGCAGCUCCGCGACCUCUGCAAGAAGGCAGCCAUGAAGGCUGCGAACAAAAACAAAGCAGGCACCAGCGCGACAGGGAAGGCUGCGUUUUCGCUACCCGCAAGAUGGGUCAAGAAGAGCGUCUCUGCGCUGAAGAGCGUGACAGAGGAGCUUCUGCUCAAGAUCGCGGCGGCUCGCGGAUAUUCGGAUGCCGAAGGCGUAAGUUGA